CUUUAUUGCUCCACAGGGAAAUUGACAAGUUUUGGGCUACUGCGCACAAUGACUACUUUUUAAUCCAAUAAUCUUUUACUUGUAACGGAGUAUUUCUAAACUGUAGUACUGAUGUGCUGUUGUGAGUCCUCCUUCCUCCUCGGUCUAAAAGCAGCGGUGGUUUGGUCCACAGGGGGGCCCAGCUGCGGCCAGUCAGGCCCCUCGCAGCCUCUCGGUCACCGCCCCUUCCUCUCUCAGCCCCUUUUCAAAAUCCGCUACGAACCAGAGAGGCUGACACACAGCCGACAGAGAGAGAGAGGACACAAAGCGGCCACCAGCAAAGUCUCCUCCGCUGCUGUUUGAGAAUAAAACGUCUCCAUCAAGAAGCCAACAGCUCCGUCUGCACCGUCAGGCUAACGGCUCGCUGCUCAUCGGUUUACUUGCGAGGGAACACAAGCGGGAGAAAUGUUGUAAAAGUUUAUUUUAUCAGCGCGAUUAGUUUGUUGUCACCAAAAUUCAUUUGGAAAAGGAGCCAGCUGUGGUCCAAGCUAAAAGACUUUGGGCAGGGUGCUGUCCUGUGGAAUGGAUGACACCCAAGAGCAGGACCACUACGAGGAGCGCCUAAAAGAAGUUUUUAACAGUUUCGAUGCCAGCGGCUCUGGCUCUCUGUGCCCGGAGGAACUCUCUGACCUCUGCCAGUCCCUGCAACUGGAUGAUGCCACACCAGCUCUCCUCCAUACACUGCUGCAGGACCAGGACCACCGCACUGCCAGGGUCAACUUUGACCAGUUCAAGAAUGCACUCAUCCUGGUAUUGUCGUCAACUAUUGAGACACCACAAGCAGAACAGGAGACCUUGUCUAAACCAGAGUCUCCCGAGAUCCAGCCAAAGUUUGUCAAGGGCAGCAAACGCUACGGCCGCCGCUCCACGCCGGAGUUCAUAGAGCCUAUUUCAGACCUGUCCGAAGUUAGAAAUGCAAAUCCGGUUGAAACGGAGGAUCUGGAGGACAACUAUGACUCAGCUGUUCCCAGGAAGCGUGAGCGCUGGAACGCUCACAACACAAGCACAGAGGAAUAUGAGGCAGAAGGUCAGAUGCAUCUCUGGAACCCUGAUGAGCCGAGCACACCUCGGGGGUCCGGCAACCCUCUGUCGAUCUGUUUGGAGGAGAGGCUGCGUGAAGCCUGCGGCGAGCUGGCGAUAUCAUGGGACGGGUGUGCGGGUCACACCGAAUUGCUGGCUCUCUGCGAACACCUGGGACUGGAGUUAAACGUGGAUGUGCUCCAGAGUCUAACCGGCGAUGGGGUGAUGAACGUUCAGGAGUUUGUUUCCAGGGUAGUAAACAACAACAAACCCCCGACACCGUCCGCCUCCACACCCUACAGACAGCUCAAACGACACCACUCCACUCAGCCCUUUGAUGAGGGAGGCCGGAGGAUAGCUACUCCAUCUGCCCUGACCAGCACCAUUGGCAUGCGUCUCUUCUCCACCCUUGAUGAUGGUACCGGUUUCACUCCCGUCGAAUACAUCCUGGACGCCUGGAUGGAGGAGGGAAUAGAAAACAGCACUGAGAUCCUGCAGGCUCUAAAUUUCAGCCUCGAUGGGAAACUGAGUCUUAAUGACCUCACCAUGGCGCUUGAAAAUGAGCUUCUCGUUGCUAAGAAUGGGAUCCACCGAGCGGCACUAGCGAGCUUCAGAGCUGAGAUCAGACAUCUUCUAGAGCAAGUAGACAGAGAACUCAGAGAGAAAGAGAAAAUCCGAUCUGACCUGGAGAAAGCGGAGAAACUGAAAAAUCAGCUCGCAGCUGAGGUGGAUGAGCAUCACUCUGCAAUUGAGCACAUGAAUAACCUCAAUCUCAGGAAGCUUGAACAGGACCACAAAGAGAAGCUAGCGGCUGUGCGAUCAGAGCUGAUGAAGGAGAUGGACCAGCUCCAGCAGCAGGCCUGCCUGCAGCGUGAGGAACUGGAAGCGGAAGUCCAGAAGAUCAGGGAGGAUGAAUCUUUUCUCAGAGACCACCUGUCCAUCUCUGUGAAGGAAAACAGACGUCUUGAAAUGGAGUUGCUGGACAGCAAUGAAAAACUAGCAGAGGCACAAAGUCAAAUUACAAAACUCCAGACAUGUGUGGACAACAUUAUGAAAGAAAGGUUUGGAGAUUUGGACCCUGGCAGUGCAGACUUCUUCCUCCAAGAGGAACGUAUCAAACAGCUACGCACCAGCUACGAAGCUCAGUCCAGGGAACUACAGGAUCGUAUCGACGAGCUGCAGUCAGAGUUGAGCGAGUUGCAUAGUCUUGGACGAGUUCAUCAGCCCUGCCACAAACCUCUCUCUGAGGAGCUGGAGAGUAAAAGCCCUGGCAUGGAGUCUGAUCCAGGUAUCGGGUCGGAGGACGUUCAGCCGUUCAGCAUGAGCCUUGAAGCGGAGAUGAUGUUGGAGCAGUUGAAGGAUCAGCACCUUCAGGAAAUGGAGGACUUGCGAAACCAGCUGGAAAGCAAGAUUAAUGAAUUUGACAAGAUGGUUGAAAAGCAAAGGACAACCCAUGAGGACCAGAAGGCUGUCUCAGCCCUCCAGUACCAGCGGGAUGUUCAGGCUUUGAGGGAGGAAUUGGCCAGCAUUCAGAGCCAGACUCAGGAGCUUCAGAGCCAGCUAGAACAGGCGGAGCUGGAGCGGACUUGUCUGGAGCAGGCGCAGGCCGAGGAGAGAGAAGAGCUCGAGAAUCUGCAAGAGGAGGAAGUGGGAGCUCUCAGACAACAGCUGCUUGAGGCCCACACCCAUGCUGCAGACCUGGAGGAGCAGCUGAAGGUCCUCGAAGCCCAGCAGGCAGAGAUGGAUGAAAAGUUUGUCAAACAGUUGGAGGAGCUGAGGAAACAACACGCCACUGAGAUUAAGAAGCUGGAGGAGGAGCAUGUGGCGCUUUCCUCAUCCAGACUUGAAGAGGAGGGAAAGAAACUGAAGGAAGAAAAGGCUGAGUUGGAGAAGAGAUUGCAUGAUGAUUGGGAAAGGGAGAAGGAACUAUUGCAACAAAACCAUGAGGAUGUCCUGAAGGCCAGACUUGAGGAGGCGAAGGUGAGGUUCGAGGAGGAGCGGGAUGAGACUGUGCAGAGGCUGACGGAGGGGUGGCAGAAGGAGAGGACUCAGCUGGAUGAGCAGAAUAAUGAGUCUCUGCAGGUGCUGCUGGAGGAAGAGAUGUUGAGACUUGUCGGGGAACAGGAGGAGAAGGAGCACGAGCUGAGGGAGCAGUGGCAGAGUGAACGAGCCCAGCUUCAGGAGCGCCACGAGGAGGCUCUGCUCAAUGCAGUACUCCAAGAAAGGUUACGGUUACAAGAGCAGUUUGAAGAGAGGGAGAAAAAGCUGAGGGAGGAGUGGGAGAAGGAGAGACUACAGCUGGAGGAGGAUUAUGAAGGGAUGCUCCAGGAAAGGCUGAGUGAAGAAAGGGAAAAGUUUCAAACCGAGAAAGAGAAGGAGGAGAAGAGGCUAGAACUCCUAGUGGCAGAGGAGAGGGCUCGUCUAGAGGAGAGCCACCAAGAGGCCGUCAAGGAGCUGACUGUCAAGCACACUGAAGAGAGGGACGCCAUCAGCGCCAUGUUGGACAAACUACGAGACGACGCCAUGCAGGAGAGGAGGGAAAUCGAGCUCAGCUUCUCCCAGAGAAUCAAGGAAGUGGAAGAUCGUUUCUCAGGUGAUCAAGAAUCAGUUGCAAAGCGUUUUCAGGCCGAUGUUUUGAAACUUGAGCAGCGCCACCAGAAUGAGCUGAAGGCCCUUUCUGAGAGCCAUGUCAAGCAGAAGCUCCACUGGGAAGCACAGAUACAGGAGGCCCUGGAGAAUGCAGAAGAACAAAGAAGAUCUAUGGAGGAGGGCAUGGAGCAUGAAAGAGUGAGUCUGGAUCGACAGUGGGAAAAAGAACGGCAUGAGAUAGAAAGUCUUCAUGAAGAAAAAAUGCAAGAACUUGUGAUGAAAAACCAGCAACUGCAAAAUGAGCUAGACAACUUUACCAGCAUGGCUCAGACUAAAGAGACAGAGCUGAGCAGGCAGCUGAAUGACCUCCACAACCGACUUCAAGAAAGUCUGGGAACCAGAGAUGAGCUCCUUGCUCAGUCUGAGAAGAAAGCCCUUGAAACAGAGCUCCUGCUGAACCAAACUGUAGAGGAUUUCAGACAGGAGAGGGAAGAACUUCUGAGCAGCCAGAAAGAACUUGAAAGAAAAAAUAACGAGAUGCUUUCCAUCUCUGAGAGGCAGAUCACUGAGAGGAUUGAACUGCUUACCGAACGCGAUGAUUUGAAUAUGAAGAUCGAGGAGCUGGAGAUGCUGCUUCAACAGGCUGCGGUGGACUUUGAGCUUGAGAGGAAGGACCUACAAGAACACAUAUCCAUUCUUGAAAAAAAGUUAAAAGAUAAUCUAGAGAAUGACAGAGAAGACCUUAUAGCAGAAAGAGAUACGCUUAAAGUUAGAGUUAAAGAGCUGGAGAUGGAAUUCAGUCAGGUUUUGUCUUCUGCAGAAAAAGCUAAAGAAGAAGAAGUGGAAGAAUCAAAAGAAAUAAAGACUUUAACGGAGGUACAAAACACCAUUGAAACAUGUUUUGUUGUACCCCCUGAAAUCUGUCUCAAUAAUGAAGCUAUUCUUGCAGAUUCCUCUAAUCAAGAACGAAGUGUUGAUGUAGGGACUAUGACUGAGGCCCUGGAUGCAGUGAAUGAUGGUGCUGAAAAUAUCAAAAAUAUUGAUCAUAAAUGUGAUGAAAACGUAAGUCCUACCAAUAUUGAUCAAGGAGAUGGCACGGUAGAUGUAAAGAUGGCUCCCAUUGAAAGUGACGAGCCCGAUGGGCAAAUUUUUGUGACUGAGCAUAGUGACCCGCAGCCUGAAAGGUCCCAGGACGUUGAAGGAGACUGCAAAGCCGACUGUUGUUCGCCAGUACCAGAUGAAAAGCAUUCACACACUGAGUCCAAAAAUGAAACAGUUCCUCCACAGAUGUGGUGUGAGGCGGUCUCAUCCCUUGAGGCAUUUGAAGGUGAGAAUAAAGUAGCUCUUGAAUCAUGUGAGGAGGAAAACAAACCUCAAGAUGUACCAGCUUUGGUUAAUGAAUGCCCUUCCCAUGAAGAUGAGCCAUGUCAUGAGGCUGUGGUUGAUCCCUCAGUGCUGGAGGACAUGGUUGACCCCGAUGAGCUGUCUCUGGUGGAUGCUAAGCUUACUCGUUUACCAAAUAACUCUCCCGACUGUAGACAGGAAGUUGAACUUGUGUCCGUCUCAGACUGUGAACAUUUGACCGCUAAAAUGAAAGAUGAAUGUGCAUAUGAUUGUUUGGCACCAACAGAUGAAGAUACUGACUGGGAGGAAAGGGAAUUUGAUCUCCUCAAACUACAGGCUUUGUGUAACACUGCCACAGAGGAGAACAUCCUCCUACAUGAGAAGAUUUCUCUGCUUCAACAGAAGUCAGAAAUACUAGAGAAUCUUCUGGCUCAUAACAGUGAAAAGAUCAAAACUGGCCACCAGAUAUUGGAGGAAAACUAUAACCUCAAAGUUAAAAUGAUACUUUUAAUGGAACAUGUCAAAGAGCUAGAGGUAAAGGCCUUAAAGAUGACAGAUCUUCAGAUUAAAUAUGAAGAUUGCUUGUGUGAAAAUGCCAAACUGAAGGAUCAAAACAGUGAGCUUGAAAACAGAGUCUGGAGCCUUGAAAGCACCGUGAAUAUUUUCCAUGAUUUCCAAAAUCAUCCCAAGAUAUCGCUGGUGGAUGAGAUCGGCAGGAUGAGAGAAGAGAACGAUAAGCUUUCGGAGUUGUUCAUUGAGCUGGAGAGGCAGUGGGAGAUUCUCUCAGUCAGACAAUCACAGAGUCCCAUGGAGGGGCCUGUCCUGGAUCUGACCGGUCAGCUGCAGGUUGAAGUUCAGGCAGCGAAUGAUCUGGAGGGUUGCUGUGAGGAGUUCGAGAAGCAGAACACCAGCCUUCGCAGAGCCAUCUCAGAGCUACAAGACAAGUCGCAGACAUUAAAUGAAACAACGCAGGCUCAUAGGUAACGUGGAGAGAAACUAGGAGCCUGUCCCUCCGUGUCCCCUGUGGCUUGUCGUUGUCCCAUCCCUUUGGUGCCUCGAGUUUGCUUUCGUUCCCAAGCAAAGCGUUGUACUUGUGAUUAGCAUCCUAAACCCUUUGUGCGAUGCAACAGAUCUAAAACACUUGUGCUGCCUUGCUUCCUGUAGAUCACCAGUGGAAAAUGAAAAGAGGAAAAACGUGUAAAAA